AUGAAGCUCACCGACUAUCUCUUCCAGCGCCUGCACCAGCUUGGUGUCAAGUCCAUGCAUGGCGUGCCUGGCGACUUCAACCUUACCCUCCUCGACUACGUGCAGCCAAACAACCUCCUCUGGGUCGGCAACGCCAACGAACUCAACGCCGCCUAUGCAGCCGACGGCUAUGCGCGCCUCACGGGCCUCGGUGCGCUGGUGACGACCUUUGGAGUCGGCGAGCUGUCUGCCAUCAACGCCAUUGCGGGUGCAUAUGCCGAGAGAGUGCCCGUGGUGCACAUUGUGGGCAUCCCUACAAGGGCGCAGAUCAACGGGAGGGCCCUGGUUCAUCACACCUUUUGCGAUGGUGAGUUUGGCAGGUUCAGCGAUAUGGCAGCGCGGGUCACGGCUGCGCAGACCAGGCUGCACGAUGCGCGUGUGGCGUGCGACGAGAUUGAUCGGGUCAUCGCCACCUGCAUGAGGGAGUCCAGGCCUGUGUAUAUCGAAGUUCCCGUUGAUAUGGUCGGCGCCGAGGUCGACGGGUCUGCACUCAAAUCCCCCAUCACCGUCCAUGACGCAAUUCCAUCACAGAACGUCGACGCCGCGUUGGAGAAAAUCCUGGCCAAGGUCAAGGCGGCGAAAAAGCCCAUGAUCCUCAUCGACGGCGAGACGCGGCCCAUGGACAUGAUCAAAGGAGUCGAAAACAUUAUGAAGGCCACAAACUGGCCUACCUUUACGACGUGCUUCGGCAAGGGGCUCGUCGACGAAACGGUUGCCAACUUCCACGGUAUCAACAUGGGCGCCUUUGACCUGCAGGAGAGACAGGAAUUUAUCAAGGAUGUCGACCUGGUCUUCUCGUACGGACCCCACAACAGCUGGACAAACACGCACGCCUACACCAGCAUCCCCAACCCCGAAAUCACCGUUGCCUUCCAGGACACCAAACUCAUCAUCGGCGGAGACAUCAUUCGCGAUGUCCCUGUCAAAGUGAUAACUGAUCGUCUCCUCGAGUCUUUUGCAGCAGAGUCGUUCAACAAGUACGACACCUACCCAACCAUCUCGCGCGACUACGCCAUCCCAUACUCUGAUGUGCCCGACAAGGACAUCCUCGCGCAAGACCGCCUGUGGCACGUCAUGGCCAACUUCCUGCGCCCCAAUGACGUGCUCCUUGCCGAGACAGGCACACCCGGCUAUGGCGCGCGCGAGAUGCCCCUGCCCAAGGGUGUGCGGCUCUUCAACCCAGCAACAUGGCUGAGUAUCGGGUACAUGCUCCCCGCCACGCAAGGCGCGGCGCUCGCUCGUCGUGACCAGAGCGCCUCGGGCGAGGACGCACGCACCAUCCUCCUGAUCGGCGACGGCAGCUUCCAGAUGACAGCGCAAGAGCUGGGAACAAUUGUCGCGCACAACCUCGACGUGGUUGUCUUCCUGAUCAACAACGCUGGGUACACCAUUGAGCGGUGCAUCCAUGGACGAGAGCAGGCGUAUAACGACGUGGCCGACUGGCGCUACCUCGAGGCGCCCAAGUUCUUUGGCGCCAAGGAGGACACUUUCACCGCGCGGGCCAAGACGUAUGGCGAGUUGAAGACCAUAUUGCAGGACAAGAGGAUGAGCGACGGUAAGGGGUUGAGAAUGGUGGAGAUAAUGCUGGACAAGGACGAUGCACCCAGGGGGCCUUUGGUUGGCCUCAUGGCGAAGCAAAAGGGCAAUUAG